AUGCCGAAGGGCCCGGCUGGUUCCUGCGGCUCCGGAGACGCUUCCCUGCGCCGGGACCAAGGGCCAGGAGAGCCCCGGAGCGAGGAGGCUCCUCGGCCGUGGGGCAGCUCCCGGUGUCACCCGUGCCGGGACAAGGAGACACCCCGGGGCUUGGAGACCUCGGGGCGCAGGAGAGAGGACCCGGAGCGGCGCCCGCGCGCGUGCGGGAGAGGAGACGCUGCCCUUGGCCGGGGCUUCUUAGGCUUUCAACUAGAGAUCGACAGAGCGGUGGAAAUCCCGCGGCAGCUGCCCCGGAGCCCCAGCGCCUUCAUCCCCGCGGAGGAGAUCCUGCGGGAAGGCGCCGAGCGCGGCCGGCGGCAGCUCUGCCUCGAGGCCCUGGCGGCAGCGGGCAGGGGGGACAACGUGGCCGCGGUCAUGGGACUGCACCCGCAGUAUCUCAGCAGCUUCUGGAAGACGCAGUGCCUGCUGCUGUGCAUGGACGGGCCCCUGCCCUACCACAAGCGCCACUACAUCGCCAUCAUGCUCCGCUUCGUGGAGGACCCCGACUUCGGCUACAAGGACUUCACGCGCCGCGGCGAGCAGGCGCCCCCCACCUUCCGCGCGCAGGAUUACACCUGGGAAGACCACGGCUACUCGCUGAUCAACCGCCUGUACCCGGACGUGGGGCAGCUCCUGGAUGAGAAGUUCCAGGUGGUCUACAACCUGACGUACAACACCAUCGCCAUGCACUGCGGCGUGGACACCUCCGUGCUCCGCAGGGCCAUCUGGAACUACGUCCACUGCGUCUUCGGCAUCCGCUACGAUGACUACGACUACGGGGAGGUCAACCAGCUCCUGGAGCGCAGCCUGAAGAUCUACAUCAAGACGGUGGCCUGCUACCCCGAGAAGACGACCAAGCGGAUGUACACGCAGUUCUGGAGACACUUCAAGCACUCGGAGAAGGUGCACGUGAACCUGCUGCUGCUGGAGGCCCGGCUGCAGGCGGCUCUGCUGUACGCGCUGCGCGCCGUCACCCGCUACAUGACCUGACAGCUCCGCGCUCCCUCCUGCUCCUCCCCAGCACGGGG